GCCUCGGUUCCUCGUCGUCACCGCUGAGGUCCACCUGCCUAGUCUGACUCUCCGACUGGUCCACUCCACCGAGAGCCGCCGAAAUUCUUAAACAGCUCGGUGUUCCUACAGUCUGUUGUAUAAAAUGAGGUGCAGUGAAGUUGAAUUUAGACAGUGAAGCGCCACCUCUGCCGGGUGGAAAUGCACGACGAAAGCGGCAAAGGAGCAGACUAUGGAAGCUCCGCCGGAGGAGCCACAGCAGCCAUAGCAAAGAAUGGGCAUGCUGUUUCUCCAAAUGGCUACAACCCAGCAAUUACACCGACCCCACCGCAGCAGUCUGACACCCGAGUCUCCAGUCCCGUUCCCGCUCCGGCUGCGAUUAUCCCAAGGGACCAGUGGGGCGGGAAGUACGAGUUCCUCCUGUCCUGCAUCGGCUACUGCGUGGGUCUGGGCAACGUGUGGAGGUUCCCGUACCUGUGCUACCGCAAUGGAGGAGGCGUGUUUCUCAUCCCGUAUUUCAUUAUGCUGUUUGUGACGGGAGUUCCUCUCUUCCUCAUGGAGCUGAGUUUAGGCCAGUAUGGCUCCGCUGGCCCAAUCAUGGUGUGGAAAUGCUGCCCUCUGCUUAAAGGCAUUGGGAUUGGGAUGCUGUGUGUGUCCACGUUGGUGUGUCUCUACUACAACGUGAUCAUAGCGUGGACGUUUUACUACCUGGGCAGCUCUUUCCAGAGCCCCUUGCCCUGGUCAUGUGACGCCGUGGCCAAUGUCGCUAUCUGUGCUAAUCGCACCGUUGGUAAUAGCUCCUCGGGAAGACCCCGAUCCCCUACAGAGAUUUUCUGGAACGAGAAAGUACUGGGCGUAGUGAACAGCGAGGGUCUUCACGACCCGGGCCCUGUGCGGUGGCCCCUGGCUCUGUGUCUGUUGGCUGCCUGGAUCAUCAUCUUCCUCUGUAUGCUUAAAGGCAUCCGCAGCUCUGGCAAGGUGGUUUAUGUAACAGCCACCUUCCCAUACUUUGUCCUGAUUGUUUUGGUCAUCAGAGGUGCGACACUGGAGGGUUCUCUCCAGGGCGUCGCUUUCUACCUCACGCCAGACUGGAGCCGUUUAGCUAACGCACAGGUCUGGAAUGACGCAGCCUCUCAGAUCUUCUACUCUUUGGGCAUUGGGGUUGGUGGGCUGCUUUCAAUGGCAUCUUACAAUAAAUUCGACAACAACGUCAUCAGGGACACUAUCGUUAUCACAAUCGGGAACUGCGGCACCAGCUUCUUUGCGGGAUUUGCUAUAUUCUCCAUCCUGGGUCACAUGGCAUGGAGGAAGGGAGUGCCUGUUGGAGAGGUGGCAGACAGAGGUCCUGGUUUGGCUUUUGUUGCUUAUCCAGAAGCGCUUGCUCUGCUGCCUGGCUCAGUGUUUUGGUCCAUUAUGUUCUUCCUCAUGCUGUUCAUGCUUGGGGUCGAUACUCUGUUCGGUAACAUGGAGGGCAUCACCACAGCUGUACUGGAUGAGUUCCCAAACCUCAGAAGGAACACCUUCCACAAGUCCUUGUUCCUGGGAGCUCUGUGUUUCACCUUCUACCUAAUGGGCCUCCUGUUAGUGACAGAUGGAGGGAUUUACUGGUUCACUCUCAUCGACUCCUUCAGCACCAGCUUCGGCCUCAUCAUCAUCACCCUAUUCAUGUGCAUUGGCAUCUCCUUCUUCUAUGGAGUCAAUCAGUUUUGUCAGGACAUUAUUGACAUGAUCUGCCACUGCCCUCCGUGGUGCAGCAAGGUGCUGAUCUACUUCAAAGCCUGCUGGGUUUUCUGCACACCGUUUCUCCUCCUGUUCAUCCUGAUCUACAUUUUUUUGGAGAUGUACAACACACCCCUCCAUUACGGCUCUUAUGUGUAUCCGCGGUGGGGUAAAGGUUUGGGCGUGUGCAUGGGUGCGACCUGCUGUUUGCAGAUCCUCAUUUGGGCCAUUGUGGCCAUCAGCAAGGAAACUGGCUCUCUACAAGAACGCUUCAGGAAAGCAAUCCGACCUCUGAACUCCUGGAGGGUAAAUAACUUGAACAGUGCAGCUGGAAGCCAGGAGCACGUGGAGCCGGAGCGAGUGGAGGCUCCUUACACCGUCACGCUCACAGACCAGGACUUCACAGCAAUUACAUGGGAAAUGGGAAGCAGUGCAUAAGCAGGCAGCAGGGGGGGAAUCUACAACAAUGAGCAAACUAUGUUUUUAAGAGACCAUUUUUUUUAUUAUUAUUAUUUUUUUGCUACCUGCUCCAGCAAGGCUCUGGUGGCAGAUCAGACUGUGUCCUGCUGGCCAGUGUGGAAUGAAAGAUUUAUUUAUAAUACUGUGUGUGUAUGUAUGUAUUAAUGGUAUUUUUAAGCAAUUUAUCUUGGAUUGAUUAUGUUAUACAAAGGUAAAGUUGAAAAUUAAUUUGAUUCAUUUGUUAUUAUGUCAUUUUACAAACCACAUGUUAAUUGAAAAACCAAGAAGGAAAUCUAUUUAUGCUAAUUUACCUGAAGAAGUGACUGCUUUUCAUUAUCCUGCCAGACUAAACUACUUAGUCAUAAAUAUAUUUUAACCAUGUGUCUUAUUUAAACUGAAUGAAAUGUAUAUAUUGGGAAGAAAUACUUCAUUUAGAAAGUUAUUUUAAAAGUAUUAAAGAAGUGUCUGUACUUUCUCAUAUGCAACAAAUUAUUUUUUUUAUUUUUAUUUUUUAAACUUUGCCUUAUAUGGAUAUGCAUGGAGGGAAAAUUCUACUGGAAAAGAUCCUUCCCACUAUGAAACAUGGUGGUGGCAGCAUCAACCUUUGGGGAUGUUUUUGUUCUUGAGCAGAGUAGCUACAGGAAGGACAAUCCUGAAAACCUGCAGACUGGAAGCAAAGCAAUGUAUUUAUUUUUAUUAGCAUCAUUGUCCUUUAGGCAAAUAUAACAAUAUCGUAGUAAAACUGCAGUGGUAUUGUUGCCAUGUCCUUAAGUAUCAGAAAUGGAUAUUUUUGUUUGUGGUCGUCUGUAGUGACAGAAUGAACAUAAACCUGCAUAUUUGUUUCCACUCUGGUUGCACUUUUGACCCUGUAUCCCUGGAGAUUUAAGUUUGAUUUAAGAGAGCAUCUUAACUGCUCUGUUGCCGCUUGUGUUCAACAAUCUGAGACCAUCACACUGUUGCUUUUCAAACGGUUUCAGUUUUACUUAGAUUUUAUUGUUCCAUGUUAACUUCAGACUCAGAUCUCCAAUUUCUGUUGAACAUUUAUCUGGCUUGUAAUGUACUGAAAGUCUCUCCUUCUCACCUGGUGACAGUUUGCUUAGACGCCAGCUCCCACAUGACCUUGAAUAAAGUCAAAAGAUCUGGAAAAUUACAAAUGAAAUAAAAAAUGCUUAUUCUGUUUUUAU